GACAACCUAAAAGCAGAAAGUAUAACUGUAUAAGUAAUGCCAUCAGCUCCGUACUUGACGUAGAAUUCCAAUGGAAAUGGAACUAGACCCUUUCCUGGGCGUCGUGCUCGCCACCGCCGUCCUCCUCGUCGCCGUCCUCCGCCGGAAGCGCGGCUCCAGCCGCAAGUACAAGAUGCCACCCGGGCCUAGGCCGUGGCCGGUGAUCGGCAACCUCAACCUGAUCGGCGCGCUCCCGCACCGCUCCAUCCACGCGCUCUCCGCGCGGCACGGCGCGUUCAUGUCGCUCCGCUUCGGCUCCGUCCCCGUCGUCGUCGGCUCCUCCGUGGAAGCGGCCAGGUUCUUCCUCAGGACCAGCGACACGUCGUUCAUCGACCGCCCCAGGAUGGCGGCCGGGAAGUACACCGCCUACGACUACUCCGACAUCGUCUGGUCGCCCUGCGGGGCGUACUGGCGCCAGGCGCGCAAGCUCUGGAAGGCCCAUCUGUUCAGCGACAGGCAGCUCAGGUCGCAGGAGCACGUCCGCAGCGAGGAGCUGCGCGUCCUGCUGCGCGCCCUGUCGUCGUCGUCCUCCGCGGGCGCGGCCGGGCGCGGCCGGCGGGCCGUCGCGCUCAAGGAGCACCUGCUCAUGUACAGCCUCAACGUGAUCUCGCGCAUGGCGCUGGGCGGGAAGUACGUCGGCGAGGGCGGCACCGCGGGCUCGCCGAUCUCGCCGGCCGAGUUCAGCUGGAUGGUCGACGAGCUCUUCCUCCUCAACGGCGUGUUCUGCGUCGGGGACUUCAUCCCGUGGCUCGGCUGGCUGGACCUCCAGGGCUACGUCGGGAGGAUGAAGAGGCUGGGCAAGAUGUUCGAUCGCUUCCUGGAGCACGUGGUGGACGAGCACGACCAGCGGCGGCGGCGGGAGGGCGGCGGGUUCGUCCCCGCGGACAUGGUGGACCUGCUGCUGGAGCUCGCCGACGACCCCAAACUCGAGGUCCCCAUCGAACGGGAUGGCGUCAAGGGAUUCGCGCUGGACCUGAUCGCUGGCGGCACGGACUCCACGGCGGUGACCAUCGAGUGGGCCAUGUCGGAGCUCCUGCGGAAGCCCGAGGUCCUCGCCAAGGUCACCGAGGAGCUGGACGGCGUCAUCGGCCACGGCCGCCUGGUCACCGAGCAGGACAUCCCGGACCUGCCGUACCUGGAGGCCGUCGUGAAGGAGACCCUCCGCCUGCACCCGGUGACGCCGCUGCUGGCGCCGCGGCUGUGCCGCGAGGACGCGUCCACGGGCAGCUACGACAUCCCGCGGGGCACGCUCGUGUUCGUCAACGUCUGGGCCAUCGGCCGCGACCCCGCCGUGUGGGGCCACGACGCGGAGGAGUUCCGCCCGGAGAGGUUCGUCGGCAGCGCCGUGGACGUGAAGGGCCACGACCUGGAGCUGCUCCCGUUCGGGUCCGGCCGCCGGAUGUGCCCGGGCUACGUCCUCGGGCUCAAGAUGGUGCAGGUCACCCUGGCCAACCUGCUGCACGCCUUCUCGUGGAGGCUGCCUGAUAGCGUGGCGCCGGAGAAGCUGAACAUGCAGGAGAAGUUCGGGCUCGCCGUGCCGCGCUUGGUCCCGCUCGAGGCCGUCGCCGUGCCCAGGCUGCCACCACACCUGUAUGCCGGGCCAUGAUGCAUGUCUAUGUUUGUUUUUGUAGGCGCAUACAACUGUCUCGUAAUAAAAGAUACAUAUCUUUUCUCUGUACAUAUACACCUAAUAAAGAGACAAACAAUAUCGUC